GUCAGGAAAGGCUUUUCUGGAAGGAAGCUUGUUCUGAGGUCUGAUGCCUUUGUGUAAAGAAGGGAGUGAACCCCGCAAAGCAAAAGGAAGAAGGCAUGGGUUGGAAUCGGAGCCUGAACCCCGACCUGACAACAACCAGCAUCAUGUGGUUACUAAUUUUAACUGCUCUUCAUUCACCUAUUGAUGCCUCCCAGAAAAAAACGCCGCCAGCCUUCCCAGAAAGCCCAGCUGCUAUUCCAAGAACCACCACUGGAGGGCCCCAAACACCAUUAUGGCUCUCCCCAGCUUACCAUCACCCACACUAGACAGGUGCCCAGCAAGCCCAUUGACCAUAACACCGUCACUUCCUGGGUAUCACCUCAGUUUGAUACGACAGCAGAAAGCUGGUUCCCUGUGAACCAGAAAUGUCAUCGUCGAAACCAGGCAAGACAUGCAAGUCGAAAAUCUACCGCCUCGAAGUUCCCACAUCUAACAUUUGACAGUCCACUGUCUUCCUCCUGUUCAGCCACACUUGGGAUCCCCUUAAGCAGGGAAUGCCCCGGUCAAUCAGAAAAGCGCAUUUCCGGAAGGCCCUUAGUUCCAAUGCUCAGUCCUCAAAGCUGUGGGGAAGUGUCAGUACAUGCGCUUCAAAACUUACCUUAUGUAUUCAUUCCCCCCGAUAUCCAGACCCCAGAGUCAUCGUUUGUGAAGGAGGGGCCCAUUCCCCCAGAUCAGAGGGAAAGUAGCCUUCCGAGCUGCUCCUUCCACGCUAGUACUCCCAAGAGCCCAGAGCCUGGGCCUGUUCUAGUUGAAGACACUCCCGAGGAGAAGUAUGGGAUCAAGGUCACAUGGAGGAAACGAUGCCACUUGUUUACUUACCUCAGGGAGAGAGGGAAGCUGAACAAAAACCAGUUCCUUGUGAAAAACUCACUGGAUUUCUCCGACACCAGCAGUCUCAAGAAAUUUUCAUAA